AUGAAGAGCGAAAAGAAGGGCUUCAAGGCAAAAGUCAAGAAAUUCUGGGCAAAAUAUGGACCGGACCUGGAUCGCUCGACUCUCAUCCUCAUGGGCAAAGGUGCCCUGCCACCGACCAUUUGCCUCUCGAUAUACCAGAACACCGCCGUCGCCGACGUUUACACCACCUUGGGAUACCUUAUGGGCAUUGUUUCGAUCCUCGGCUUCGCCAUCAUGCCUAGGGGCAAGUUUCUCCAGACGAUGAUCUUGAACGUCAUCUCUACGUGCUUUGCAACUUCUCUGAACCUGCUUAUGUUCUACUGCGCUGUCAAGGCCCGUGAGCACACAGAGAAGACCCCAAGCAGUGCCGUGGGUUCGCCAUCUCCCGGUGCCCAAACGUACACCUACAACUCUUCAGCCUCGGCCGUAUCUGGCAUCUUCUUGUUUUUCCAGGUUUACUUUGUCAAUACCAUCCGUGCGAAGUACCAACCGACACUACAGUUCCCUUGCAUCAUCUACACGAUCUUCGUUGUCGUUGCUUCGAUCUACUCGCCUCGAUUCGCUACCAUGGCCGCCGGUAUCAGUUUUGCAAAGAGAUUGCUUGAGACGUUCCUGACAGGAUUUGCCGUCGCUACCGGCGUAUCUCUUUUCGUAUAUCCGAUGACAUCUCGCAAGGUUGUCUUCAUGCAGAUGACUGGCUAUAUGGGCGCCCUGCGUGGUGCUCUCAAAGCACACUCCGCUUACUAUGAGAGUCUGGAAAUGAAGGAUAUGUUCUACCGUGUGUCGACCGGUAUUUCGGGCGACAAGGACCGGCAACCCGAAGCUCAGAACGUAAAGAAAGCCGUUGCCGCUAUCCAGGCUUUGCAAGGCAGGCUCCAGGGUGACCUUCCGUUCGCGAAAAGAGAAAUUGCAUUGGGAUACCUCGGCCCAGACGAUAUUCAAGAAAUGUCAAGGCUCCUUCGCGAGAUCAUGCUUCCCAUGGUUGGACUGAGCUCUGUUGUGGACAUUUUCGAAAGACUGGCGGAAAUGAACGGCUGGGUUCAAGAUCCAGACGACGAGGAGGACGAGGAAGAGCUGGAGUUUGACAGGAAACGCAUUGUUGAAGAUUGGAACGACAUCAUGCAAACCGUUCACGAGCCAUUCCAAUCUAUCAUCCAGGCUAUGGAUGAGGGUAUUGAGCAUGUCAUGCUCAAACUGAAGUUCAUAAAGCCACCAAAAAAGUCAAAAGGGAAAGGCGUCGAUGAUGGGGAUGUCGAGGCAAAAGGAGAUCGCUCGCAGCCAGGAGAGGAUGGAUUUGCGGAGUAUCUCUUCCGGAUGUCGGAGGAGUUCUAUCAAAACAAAGAGCUGGCGUUGAAAGAGUGGUGCAAGCGCAAGGGCGUUGAUAUACCGGAGGAUUUCUUCCGUUCUCCUUCUAACUACGACUUCCGGGACAUGAGACGCGAGGUUGGCGAGAACUACUAUCAACGCAGUCAGCGUUCGCUUUAUGCCUUGCUUUACAUGGAGUACUUGCUCUACUCGACUAGCAGAGCAAUCCUGGAAUUCGUUUGCUUUGCCGACGAGCGAGUGUCCAGCGGGAAGCUGUCAAAAAAGCGCCUUAUUCUGCCCGGAUUUAAGCGGAUUAAGAAGUGGUGUUGCAACUUUCUCAAGGAACAGAGUAACGAUGAGACGGACAAUAUGAUGGGCGGCGAUCUCAGCGGUCCAAAGGCUGAGGAUGUCUACAUUGGACAAGCUUACAAGGGCGUGAAGGAUCCGGAGCAUCUUCCUCCGCAGAGUUCAAUCGAGAGAUUCGGAAACAAGGUUCGUGCUAUUCCGGCAUUUUUGCGGUCUUCGGAGUCUGCUUUCGGUUUCCGAGUGGCUUGUGCUACGAUGUGUAUUGGUAUUAUCGACUUCCUGGAACAUACUCAGACCUUUUUCGUGCGUCAACGUUUACUUUGGGCAAUGAUCAUGAUCGCCAUGAGCAUGUCUCCUACGGCUGGCCAAAGUAUAUUCAGUUUCACUUUGCGAAUCAUCGGUACAACAUUGGCAAUGUGCACCAGCUUCAUUGUCUGGUACAUUGUUGACGAACACACCCCUGGUGUCAUUGUGUUCUUCUGGCUUUUUGCCUGUUGCGGCAUGUACAUCAUCCUGAAGAAGCCUAGGUUUGUCAUUGUCGGCAUGAUCAGUACGGUCACGUUGACCAUGAUCAUCGGUUACGAACUGGAGGUGAGGAAGAUUGGCAAGGCGGUCGCAUCUACCAACGGCCAGCCUUUCUACCCAAUCUAUCUGCUCGCGCCCUACCGUUUGGCCGCCGUUUCUGGUGGUCUUGCAGUAGCCUUCAUCUGGACAUUCUUCCCUUUUCCUCUUUCUGAACACUCGCAGCUCCGGAACAAACUCGGUGCCUCUCUCUAUCUUCUCGCGAGAUACUACUCCGUUGUUCACGAGACCUUCCGCGUUCGCAUCCGUGGUGCCGAGGGUGACAUGGCGCUCAAGAAGAGCCCUGGUCGCCGGAUGCAAAAAGCGCGCUUCAAGAUUUACACGAAGCAGAUCAUGCUUCUGACCAACCUGCGCACCAUCUCCGACUUCCAGAAGUGGGAAGUGCCCAUCGGUGGCAAGUUCCCGCGAGAGAAGUACAACAACCUCAUAGGUUGCGUGGAAAACAUUAUUCGCUACAUGUCGCUCAGUGCCUACGCUAGUCAGACAUUCGCCGACCCGGCCGACGAAUCCGAAACGGCGUGGUCGAACGACUUCCGUCGGCUUAUCUCGAGUGUCAACCUGACAUCACACGAGAUCACGAGUCUGCUGUCGUUACUCUCAGCUUCGAUCACGAGCGGUACCCCACUGCCGCCGUACCUCAAGGCGCCGCAGCCGUACCUGCUCAGUCAACGGCUCGAGCAAAUGGACAAGGACAUUCUUAGCUUGCGACACAUCAACGAGCCAGGCUACGCUGCGUUCGCCGUGAUCCAGAUCGCGACGCGCUGUGUAAUCAAGGAUUUGGAGAAGCUGCUGAUAAACGUCAAGGAUCUUGUCGGCGAACUCGACUUCUCGUUCCACACUAUCAGCUCACUGAACACGCCCGGCACGUCCAGAGCGCCGUCGCGCGUACCAUCGAGAGUGAACCUGUCGAGGCCCACCACCGGCGGCGAGACGACGGGCGGCGAAACAGCGGCGUCCGACGAUGCCUCAGAGUCUUCGAACACGUCCAAAGAGGACUAA